UAGGGCAGGGCAGGGCCAGGGAGGAAGGGAGGGAGAGGAGAAAGGAGGAGGGCUGCUCUCUCGGUCUCCGCCAUAGCCAUAAGCCAUAGCCAUGGCGCCCAUUGUGCCCGUAAGCUUGCGGUCGGCCUCGCCACCCCGCAUCUGGAAUGUCCACGACUCCAAACGUGCUCUUCUUGACGUCUCCGAUCACGGUCUCAAAAUUGCCUACAAAGGUCUUGGUAACUCUGAUACAGAUGCUGGGGCAAUUCGGGCAGAUAACCCCGCCCCUGAGAGUGAACCUCUGUAUUAUUUUGAGGUCACUAUAAUUAGCAGAGGCAGGAAUGGGUACAUUGGUGUGGGGUUGAGUUCACCUCAAGCUUCGCUCAGCAGAUUACCUGGGUUAGAAAGAAAUAGCUUCGGUUAUCAUGCCGACGAUGGCAACGCAUUUACUGGUUGUUGUACAUCAACCUUGAGCCACGAAGGCACCGCAUAUGGCCCCACAUUUGGGAAAGGAGAUGUCAUUGGGUGCAUCCUCAAUCAGAUGGACCACACAAUAUCGUACACUAAGAAUGGUGUCAACCUAGGAGUUGCCUUUAGGGAUGUGAAAGGUUUGAGUUUAUACCCAACUGUAGGACUCAGGACACCUGGUGAGAAAGUGGAAGCCAAUUUUGGUUCCAAACCGUUUAUCUUCGACCUUGAAAAUUUACAGAAGGCUCUCGAAAUGAAGACUUUGUGGACAAUUGAUGGCAUUGGAACACCUGACAAAAAUUCCAGACUCCACUCAUUGGUUGACUCGUAUCUUAUGCAUUAUGGAUAUAGUGAUACAGCUAGCGCAUUGAUUAGGGAAUCUGCUCUUGAAGGCAAGGUCAUCUCUGUCAAGGAAGCUGAGAGUAUGCAUCUUCGAAGAAAAAUACAGGAGGCAGUUCUGGAUGGCCGUAUCGAUGAGGCAAUUGAACAAACAAACUACAUUGCUCCCGAGGUUUUGCUAUCUCAACCAUCAGUGCUCUAUCGUUUGAAAUGUCAAAAAUUUAUUGAGAUGAUAAGGGGUGGUGAUGAUGAAGCAACUAUGACUUUUGGUCGCACUGAACUGUCUGAGCUCGAUGCUGAAUCCGAGGAGGACAAACAACAUUAUCGGGAAGUUAUUUCACUGCUAGCAUAUCCGCAUCCAGAAAUCAGCCCCCUGAGACACUUGAUUCAGCCCUCUCGGCGGGAGGCAGUUGCCGACUCUUUAAAUCAAGCUAUCUUGGUUGCUCAGGGCAAGCCUGCAUUGCCUGCACUUGAGAUGUUGCAUAAACAAUUGGCAGUAACCAAAGAAGUACUUUCGCAGCGAUCGCCUGGCUCGGCCUCUAUGAUCGACGCCUAUGAGGAGUUUCAUGGACUUUCAUAUAUACUAGAUAGGUGAUGCUUAGAAAAGUACUUCGGGGUUGAAGAUUGGGAACUCUGUACCUCUCAAAACAGAAGAUCUGGUAGUUAUGAUGAUCACGGCAGGAAGGCUGUAUGCAUACAGCUACUUUCGACUACUGGUUGCGAGAAAUGAGUUAGAUUGUAAUCAGCCAUCUUAUAUUCUGUAUCUUCGCUGCAGAGUGUCUGACCAUGCAUUAACAGACAUUCUACAGAUCAUCUCGUCACUAACCGUGUUGUCGUUUUUUAUGUGUACUCCACACUUCUGGAGAAGUAAAAUGUUUGAGCCUAACAGUGUAA